ACAGAGCCGCGAAAUUCUUCACAAGUUCUUGCUCGCGUUGAAUGUCAAGGAUUUAUACAGAACAUUCUGGGAAAAGCAAAAAAACAAACCUUCAAGCAAUGUGCAGUCCAUAGACCAAGACUUAUCGUGCAGCCUUCAGAGAGGAAUAGUCAGAGUAGUACAAGACUUGCCUCUGCAGUCUCAGUCUUUAUCUAUUACAUAAUAGAGUAGCCUGCGAUCUGAUCUAUGGUAACGUGGACGUAAAGUAAGGUUACGCGAUGGGUCAUGGUAAAUAGUAAACAAGCUAAUCUGUUCUGGAACAGUUCCAGAUUUCAUUGUUUGUGAAGUGAUUUUGUUGUAUGUACCGAGUGUAAAACGUGGGGACUGAACGGAGCUGAAGUGAAAAUGUUUGAAGAAGUGUUGGCGGUGUUAAAGCGAGUGGACGCGGUAUGUUUGGAUGUGGAUUCCACCGUUAUCCGAGAAGAAGGAAUCGAUGAACUGGCCAAAUUCUGUGGGAAAGGCGACGAAGUGGCCGCGCUAACCGCCCAGGCAAUGAGUGGCGCGAUGUCGUUUGAACAAGCCCUACAUUGGAGGUUGAACAUCAUUCGGCCGUCAGUCACACAAGUGAAGGACUUUAUAAAAACGUCGCCGCUCACAUUAACCCCGGGCGUCAAAAGUUUUGUGGAUCUGUUACACAACCGAAUAAUCCCAGUUUUUCUGGUAUCGGGCGGCUUUUCCUCCAUAAUAGCCCCAAUCGCCGAACAGCUCAAAAUCCCAAUGACGCAAGUCGCUGCCAACAGGCUCAUGUUCUCCUUAGACGGCGAGUAUGCGGGAUUUGAUGAAAGCCAACCGACUUCUCGCAGUGGAGGAAAGGGGGUUUUUAUCGAGCAAUUGAAGGAAACGUGUGGAUUCAAGCACCUGGUGCUGAUUGGGGAUGGAAUGACCGAUGUGGAAGCUUGCCCGCCUGCUGAUGCCUUCAUAGGAUAUGGGGGCAACAUUAUCAGGCCGGAGGUCCGAGCGAAAGCCAAGUGGUUCGUCACAGACUUUAACGAAAUCAGCAAUGUGCUGAUCAAUCCUUAGACUAUUUAGUUUUAUCAACAAUUGCCUUUUAUACCUAUGAGAAAUACAUUUGGUACUAUUUUCGUACCAAUAUUUUUGUA